AUGUCAUCUUCAUACCGUUUCAUAGAAUCACCAACAUCUGAAUAUAACAUACCAUUGAAUAAACGAAUUGAUAUACCUAUUCGUCGUUCAUCAAAUCAUCCUAACUCUCAAUUUUAUGAACAAAAUACUCAGAAUCAAAUUCAUUCUAAAGAUACAACACUACAAUGGAUUAAUGAUUCAAUAACUGGUAAUGAAAAGUUUCGUAUAAGAAUUAAUAUUGAAGGAUUCAAUCAAAAUGAAGUUCAUAUUCGUGUUGAUGAAAAUAAACUUUUUGUAUAUGGUGAACAUAUUGAAAAGAAAAGUCAAGGUACAUCAAAAAAAGUAAUCGAUAAGUUCUAUGAAUUGCCAUCUGAUGUUGAUACAUUCAGUUCACACGUCACUUUUCCAUCACCAACAAUAAUACAAGUUGAUUUUUCAUCAAAAUAUUCUUCAUCAACUCGAUCGGUUCGAUCAAGUCGUUACUCAUCACCACGAAAAUUAUACGAUAAUAAUGUAUUAUCAAAUUCAUAUAUUCAUUCGUCUGAUGAUGAACUACCUCAUGAAAAUCGAUAUAGUAUUACUAACAAUGCUCAUCGAAUUCCAAUUCGUCAAUUAUCUAUUGAUUCAUCACUUUUCUCUGCACGUUCAAUUAGUCCAACAUAUAAAUUUCGAGCAAAUAUAGGAACAUCAAUAACAAAUACUCUAGUUGCAUUUAGUCAAAUAGGAAAUCGUAAUGAAUUUUCUCGUAGCUUUUCAUCAGGUAUUCUUAUGGAUGUAUUUAAUUAUUUAACAACACUUGUUCUUCUACCUAUUGAAAUUUUUAUUGAUCGUAUAACAACAAUAUCAGAUAUUUUUCAUCGUGGUGGUUAUUUAGCUCGUGUAAGUGGUGCUAUUGCUGCAAUGAUUCCUGAAAAACAAGGAAUGAAUAUUCAAUUACUUAAAGUAAUUACAAAACCUUUAACAAAAUUAAUAAUACAAAUUGAUAAAACUAUUCUAAUGAGUAAUACGACAAAACAAACAGUUGGUAAAAUUUAUUGUUAUAAUGAAACAAUUAAAUGUAAAUAUUUAUUUCGAUCAAUGAUUGAAAAUUUUGGUGAUAAUAUUGUUGGAAUAAUUUUAUUUAUAUGUUCUCUAUUAAUUCUUAUUGGAAUACUUUUAUUUAUGGUUAAAUUAUUAAAAUCAAUAAUUAUUGGUGUUAUUGAUGAUACAUUAAAAAAAAUUCUUCAUAUACAAUCUCAUGGAUGGAAAGAAUAUUUACUUGGAUAUGUUUUUGUUAUUAUUGGUAUUAUUGGAGCAAUACUUGUUCAAAGUAGUAGUAUUUUUUGUUCAAUUUUAACACCAUUAGUUGGUCUUGAAGUACUUUCACUUGAACGUAAUUAUGAAUUAACAAUUGGUGCUAAUAUUGGUACAACCAUAACAGCACUUCUUGCUUCUCUUACUCAGACUGGUCUCUUUUUUCGUCAAUCAAUUCAAAUAGCAUUAACGCAUUUUUUAUUUAAUGUAUCUGGUUGUAUACUUUGGUAUAUUCUUCCAUAUUUUCGUCGUAUUCCAAUUUAUUUAAGUCGUCAAAUUGGUGAAAUUGUAUCUGAAUAUCGUUGGUUUGCUUUAAUUUAUAUAACAUUAAUAUUUUUUCUUUUUCCAUUAAUUCUUUUAAUUCUUGCUUUAAUACAUUGGAUUGUUGCAAGUAUAUUUCUUCUAUGUAUUUUUCUUCUUACUAUUUUUAUUUUGAUUAUUAAAUAUUUUCAAAAAACAAAUCCAAAUAAAUUACCAAUUAUAUUACAGUCAUGGUCUUUUCUACCACGUUCAUUUCGUUCAUUUUCUUAUUGGGAUCAUCAUUUAGAAAUUUUUAUUAAAUAUAUUUGUUGUCAACGAUGUAUUAAUUUAAUUUAUCCAUCGAAUACAAUUGAAAAUCCAUUAAAAGAACAAUACUUAUCAAUGAAAACUCAAUAUUUAACAGCACUUGAUCAUCAUUUUUUAAUUCAUACACAACAAUUAAAUCAAUUAUUUGAAAAAUAUCAUGCACCAAUCAUUCCUAUUUAUGAAUCACAACAACAUUCAAUUACAAAUGAUGUACAAGAUUUCUAUCAUAGUUUAACUGGUAAACCAAUACAAGGUGAAAAAACAUUAUUAACUUUUGAACAAACAAAUUUAUUGUCUAAGGAAAUAAAUAUUCAUGAAAAUGAAGAAGAUUUAAUCGAUCGAAUUAUUGUUUUUGAUCGAGAGAAAAAGAAAGAAAUAUCUGUAAAUGAAUAUAAAAGUUCUUUGUCUUUUUAA